GGCCGCCCUCGCGGGCGGUGGUUUCUUUAGCAAGAUGGCGGCGAGUCAUCUCCGCCAGGCGGGCGGUGCGGCUGGCACCGCGGUGAAGCCCAUUUUCAGUCGGGACUUGAACGAGGCCAAGCGGAGGGUGCGCGAGCUCUACCGCGCCUGGUAUCGGGAGGUGCCGAACACUGUGCACCUAUUCCAACUAGACAUCUCUGUGAAACAGGGACGGGAUAAAGUCCGAGAAAUGUUUAUGAAGAAUGCCCAUGUCACAGACCCCAGGGUGGUUGAUCUUCUGGUCAUUAAGGGAAAGAUGGAACUGGAGGAAACGAUUCAGGUGUGGAAGCAGCGCACACACAUCAUGCGGUUCUUCCAUGAAACAGAAGCACCGAGGCCAAAGGAUUUCCUGUCCAAGUUUUAUGUUGGCCAUGACCCGUGAAGUCCUACUCAGUGGAAAGGUGCAUAUAAUUUAAAUAUUUUAGAGCACAAAUAAAUUCAAUAUGUGAUGUUCA